CGAAAAAGAAAAAGAAUGAGAAUUUCAAGGAUCUGAAUUUCGAAGCGUUUUUGUUAAUUUCCCAAAAAUUUGUAAAAACGGAGCAGCCUGCUCACCGAUGCGCACCGCUCGUUAUUUGAAAUCUGAUGUGAAAUGAAACGAAAACUGCGGUCGAGAAAAUUGAAAAUCAAAGUUUGUAGAAAUCUUUCAAAAAAGAAAAGUAUCACUUUCAGAGUCAAGAAAUUCGCGGUCGUUGUUCGUUGCAAUUUUGAUGGUUGACGGUCGCUUGGAUGGUUCUCGUCUCGAUAAAUCUCGCGUCUACGUUCGCGGUGAAAAUGUUGACGCACGAACACAGGUAAACAAUAAUUGCAUAAUUAAAUUUCGCGAUAACGCAUAAUGGUAGACAUUAUUUCUGUCCCCUGUGUAAUCUCGUUUUAUCAGCGUUGGACUUUACAUUUUCAAAAAGAAAGUGUUUACGUCGAUAACGACGACGAUAUACCGUGAGCGUGCAUCUGGUCAAAGACUAAAAGUCAUCGGAAUCCGUUCCGCGGUAUCGUGGAAGCGCCGAAGGAGUAAAUACACGAACGAAAGCGAAGUUGUUAGUUGGCACGUGUCGAAGAUUUAAGCGCAACAAGAGGAUUUACCCUUAAGCCGGCUAAAAAGGCAACGAGAUUAGGAAGAAACGUCCCUCCUGGCUCUCGGGUAGCGUAGGCCGAGCCUCGCCGAUGAUGAACCACGCUCAUCUCUCGCAUAAAUCCUUGGCCGUUCGAAAUGCGUGAGCUUCCUAUGAAAACGAUCGGACGCGUGUGCGUGACCGCGUUUCCCUGUGUACGGGAAUGCGAGGGAGUUCCCGAAUGCGGUCUUUAGUCGGGCUUUAGUUUCGAGUAAGCGUCGCUCGAAGAUACAGGACCCUCCUAGUGGUUGAUUUCCUCUUCCGGCUUAACUCUUCGGCCCUCGGUUCACCGAUCUUCGUCCUCCGUUCACCGUUCUCUCGAUAUUUUUCGGUAUCCGCGCCCUUCCGAUUAGAAUGGGUUUGCGUUCCACGCUGUCCACAGAAAAUAACAAGUUUCGCGCAUCGACACCGGUCCACGACGGUUCAGGAGCGAACGUCUCGAUUCGAAUUUGAACCGUCGAAAUAGACGAAUUAUUUGGUUAUGGCGAUCAAGAUCGAAAGAAGAAACUGUUCGUGCUUCGGCGCAGCCAGUGCGGCGAACACACGGAGGAGAUAACGAUACCGCGGUUGUUGAUUUGCAAAUGCAAUUUCAGGUAGCGACGUUCGCUGAAAUCUAAAUAGACGAAUGGUUGAAAAAGAGAUGUAUCUAUCGACUGUUUCUACAAAAUGUGAACGAAAUCGGUGAUGUUACGUAUUUCCUUCGUCGACGUCCGAAUGGGAGUGUUGGUAUCCGAAUGUUUAAAGAUCGACAAUGGAGUGCGAAGGUAGUAGAAUGCCGAUGUGUCGCGCGUAAAACAAAAGUGUGAGUCGAGCGAGCAAGGAAAAAGAAAAAGAAGAGUUGAUUUCCGAAACCGAGGGCGGUUCGGCACCAUUUUGGUUUCUUCGACGAGCGAUGGAACGACGCAGAUUACCGAGAAGAAGAGGCCUCUCGUCGGCAGAAACUCGAAUUGAAUUAUCAGUGAACUCAUCCACGCAACAGACGGAAGAAAUAGCAAGGCUGUUGCCUAUCAACGGAAUCUCCGAGAUCACAGGAUGCAGGGAUCGGCCACAUAUUUGUGGAAAAGAAGCAGCCUGUCGAACGUUCUACGACAGUACGUCCAAGUGCGUCUGCCCGCACGAUUUGUCCCCUCCGACGGCUGACUUGAAAUGUCCGAAUCGUCUCAUAGUGCCCCUAACACCGCGACCUAUACCGAACAUAAUACCCCCAAAUGGUAAUUCUACCAAUAGUACGACCGCCCUUCCAGAAGCCGAACAGGUGGAACGGUCGAGGCAGAGGGUACCUGAAGUAAUAGGAAUUGCUCUAGCUUGCAUCGCGGUAGUAGUCAUUUUUCUGAGCAUAGUGUACUGCGUCAGAAAACGAAGUUAUAACGUCAAAUCACAGAGGAGUUCCUUAGACGGGACACCGAUGAACCUGAAGAAGGGGUUGCUGUUAGCAAAUAAGUACACACCUAAUCCACAGUAUUUCAGUUGCGCUUCACCGGAGGUACCAAUUCUGCAGCGCGAAUCUCUCGUAUUUGUACAGGACAUCGGGGAAGGAUGCUUUGGAAAAGUGUACAAAGGUGAAUUAUGUACCGGAGACUCGAAGGAAAUCGUCGCGAUAAAGGUUUUGAAGGAUUCCGCGUCCCACGAAGCUGAAGAAGACUUUAUGCGAGAAGUCGAUAUUAUGUCCACGUUUGGGCAUAGAAAUAUUUUGUCGCUGAAAGGAGUGGUGCUUCGAGACGCUAACAACAGUCCAUGGAUGGUUUUCGAAUACAUGCCUUAUGGAGAUCUAGCCGAAGUGUUGCGAUCAAACACCCGUCAGCUUAGAUCGCCGAAACCUGGACUGCAACCUUUGACCCAGGAGUCUCUGCAUUGGAUAACAAUCCAGAUCGCAGCAGGCAUGACCUAUCUAUCCGGUCAAAGAUUCGUCCAUCGAGAUCUGGCUUGCAGAAAUUGUCUCGUCGGUGCCGACCUAGUUGUAAAAAUAGCUGAUUUCGGCAUGUCGCGGGACGUAUACACCUGUGAUUAUUAUAAGAUAGGAGGAUCUCGACUUUUACCGGUCCGUUGGAUGUCACCGGAAAGUGUAAUGUACGGACGUUUCACGCUGGAAAGUGAUGUCUGGAGCUUUGGCGUUGUCCUGUGGGAAGUUUAUUCUUUCGGGAAACAACCAUAUUACGGACACAACAAUGAAGAAGUAGUAAAACUAAUAUUCCAAGGAAUAAUGCUCAUUCCGCCGGAAGAAUGUCCACCGUUCGUCUGCCAACUGAUGCGAGAAUGCUGGAAAACAGAUCCUAAAGAUAGAAUCAAAUUCCCAGAGAUAUUAGAGAGACUAGAGAAAGCUCAAGGUAAACUCAUCCAGCAAGGCACCUUGCCAAGGCCACCUCAAGGACCUGUUACUAUCCGAACACCGGACGUCUUGGAUCCUGAUGGUUAUUUAUUGCCAGCACCGACAAUACCGCACGAAUAUUUGCAAACCCUACCAAUUCUGUCCGAUUAACAAUGCAUUUAUCGCUAGUCGAAUGAACAACAAACGUUACCUUCACUUGCCGCAUACAAAGUAAAAACCUAAGUCGCGAACAGCAUUUUCGUUACGGGUGCCGACCAUAAUCGGCGUGCGCGCGACGGUCGCGCACGUGGACUGGCGCGGCAUAGUUCGCGGCGUGGUGUCCCGUUCAGUCGCUCCGCGUCACUCCAGCGGAGCGGAUUGCCGUAAGGAAAGGGUUAAAUACAAGUAUUUGAGUAAAUAAAAACGUGAAAGUAAAGUAAAUCUUACGCUAUACAGUCAGUAACUUUAAUAUUUGGAUAUUUCACAAUUUUUACUUUGUCGCUUUGUAACUUCGAGGCUUUCAGUUACAGAAGGACGAACAACUUCCGAAAUACUCAUAUAAGACGUUGAAAAUAUUAAAUGUUCUAAUACGGAGUGCAGUUUGUGUUUUAUACGAUGGAGAAUGUACAGUUUUACACAUAUAAUAUACAUAUGCUGUAAUUUAUAUUUUAGUGUAUCGCCUACGUUCUAAUAUAUUAAACAUGUAUAAUAUAUUUAUAUUCGCUUAUUUUUAUAUAGGU